AUGAUAAAGGCAAACGUAACUGGGUCAACACAGCGGGCCAUUGUGAAACAGUGUCUUAACAGGAACUUCGAUGAGGUGCUUCAAAAGUUGCGGCUGAUGCCGCUACAAGAGUGCAGUGUUUCUUUCUUGCAAAUAUACCUUGCGCGGGCGGUACAGGAAGGACAUGUGGCGUCGGUAGACUACGUAUGGAACCGAUUCGUGCAGCGGGCAGGCGUGCUGGUGGUGCGACCAGAUGUUCUCUGUGACCUAGGGAACCUGAUGUUCUUCAGCGGGUCGUUUGGGAUCUUGGACAGCGUCUGGAGGCACUAUAACAAAUUCUACAGGUCAGAACAGGGGGCAGAAUGGGACGACUACCGCUACCACCUGCUGCGACUGCGCAUCGAGGGCUACGCGACACGCUCCACCUCUGGAACGGCGUUCCCCAAAAAGUGGCGCAAGUUGCUGGAGGAUCUGGACCGUAGUCUCCCAGCAUACCCCUUCUCUGUGUGGGAUUUUCCGCAGCUAAAGCAAUCUUUGGGCGGGCUGGAGGAGCGCAACCUUGCUCGCUGGGUAAUAAAGGCAUUGCGCGGCGUGCAGAAUGAACACACCUCGACGCUGCUGCUGAACAUGACGCUACAGCAGCCGCACUUAGAUCGUGAUGCAAAGCUCAGGCUCUUCCGCUGGUUUGUAGGCCGCAGACACUGCAGCGCGGACGCACUAAAUGAGACGAUCCACUUGCUUGCCCGGAGGUUACAGAAAGACGAAUAUACCGAACUGAGGGCUUUCCUGUCCCAGAUGGGCAUUGAUGCUCCUGAAGAGCACAAGGGGAGUUAA